AUGCAGGCAUUCUUAAGGCAGCAAAUCUGUAUUUGUCUUCUUAUCGGCUUCUUGACAUGCUCCACCUUCGCCGGGCCGGCGAUCGGCGCGGAUCUCCGGUGUCCCGAUUACGUCAUCCAGCACGCACCUCUUCUCUGGCUACACUCUGAGGACCCGUACAUGCCUAGCGACCUCUUAACGCACAUUCAGCACACCUCUCCGGCUCUGGACGGGAACCCCAUUUCCAAUGUUGCAACUCUCGGCCUAGACAACUUGGAGACUCUCAAUAGGUUUGGAGAUGAGGUAGCUCUUACAUCGAACGAUGAUCCCUUGAGCUACCCAGAAUGGAUUCAUGGUGCGACACCCGACGCUGAUGGCAGGAUUAGCAAUGCCACGCCAUGCGUAGUGGUUCUCGUCGAGAAGGGAGAGCGGGACCUGGAUGCGUUCUACUUCUACUUCUACUCGUUCAAUGAGGGCAUGAAUAUCAGCCAAGUCUUGGAGCCAUUCAACCGUAUGGUCAAAGGCGAAAAGGCGCAGUCGGGGAUGCAUUUCGGUGACCAUGUUGGAGAUUGGGAACACAACAUGAUUCGGUUCAAAGGUGGGAGGCCAACCGGAAUCUAUUAUAGCCAACACGUUGAUGGGGCCUCUUUCAGUUGGGAUGAUUCAGCUCUCACAAAAGCAGACGGACGACCUAUUGUGUAUAGCGCACGCGGAUCUCAUGCCAACUAUCCAACUAGGGGCGACCAAAUACACAACUCCGUCUUGGUCGAUUACUGCGACGAAGGAAGAAGAUGGGAUCCCAUCCUCUCAGCAUACUUCUACCACUUCGAUAAAGAGUCUUUCACCGUCACUAGACUAGACCCACCAGGGAAAUCAUCCCCAACUCCACCGCCAUCCUCGAACCUGACCUCUUUCUUCUACUACUCCGGUCGAUGGGGAGACAUAGCAUACCCAGCCUCCGACCCUCGCCAGGAAAUUGUCCCCAAGUUUGGACUGAAGAGAGUCGAGUCUGGACCAACCGGCCCUCGACACAAGCACCUCGUCCGAAAGGGCCUAAAGCCAGACCAGAGGCGCAAGAUGGGAUGGAUGGAGUGGGGUGUCGGCAUUUAUAUGUCCUUGUACCCAUGUUGUCUGAGAGGAUGGAGGAGGUGGGUUUUCAUAGGCUUCAUCAUCGCAGUACUAUCUGGCGCUGUCAUUGGGGCUGUCGUGGCUGUGAAGAAGUAUAGAAAUAGCAAGUAUACGAGGCUACAGGCGGAGGAUGUACCGCUGCGUGACUGGGCUCUAGAGGAUGAGGCGCUGCUGUCUUCGUCUGACGAGGAAGAGGGGUAUAAACUGUCCGAGGAUGCUAAACCACGAUGA